CUGGAAAUGUGAGGUUUCCUCAAAGAAAAAGUUGGUUUUAAAUAAAAAGUUUAUAGAAAUAAAAAAGUUGUUUGAAAAAUGGCGCAUCUACGCGAAUCGGCCGACAAAGCUCUAAAGAUGUUACGUGCAUUACCUCGUGUUCAACUUAGCAAUAUACGCCCAAAUCCAAACUCCAAGAAACCUACGAAACGUGGACGUGCUCAACACAGUGGUGAUAAACACGGCGCAGGAAAUAAGGGUUCAGGACAGCGUCAGAAUUAUAUGCGCCUUGGUUACGAAACAGGCAACAAUCCCUUCUAUUUGCGCUUCCCCUAUGAGCCAUAUUACAAGGGCCACCACGUGCGUCGUCAAUACCCACCAAUAUCACUAUUACAGCUGCAAGUGUUGGUGGACACGAACCGCAUCGAUUCAAAACAACCCAUCGACAUUACAACAUUGUGUAAUACAGGACUCUUACAAUUGCAGCCCGCAAGCAUGGAAUAUGGUUUUCAGCUAACCGAUGAAGGCAUAGAUCGUUUCAAAGCAAAAAUCUGUAUUGAAGUACAGCAUGCAAAAGAGUCUGUGAUAGCUGCAAUUGAACGAAAUGGUGGUGUCAUACGAACGGCUUAUUAUGACCCCAGAAGUCUGCAGAUGCUGGUGAAUCCAAAAAAAUGGUUUGAGAAAGGUGUUCCUAUUCCAAAGCGUUUGCUACCACCACAAGAUGCCAUCGAGUACUAUGUAUCAGCUAAAAAUCGUGGCUAUCUCGCCGACCCCGAACAAAUAAGUAAAGAGCGCUUGGUACUAGCACAAAAGUAUGGAUAUGAACUACCGCGUAUUGAAGAUGAUCCCGAUUAUGAAAUGUUGAUAAGCCAAAAAGAUGCCCGACAAAUAUUCUAUGGAUUGGAACCUGGAUGGGUGAUAGGUCUCAAAGACAAGAUUAUUGUUAAAUCAAAGGGCUUCCCCGAAGAACAAGCCAACUCUGAAAAAAAGCGCGAGGAUAACGAUGCCAAAGCAAGUUAGAUUAGUCUUUAGCAUGUGAAAAUCAUUUUGUUCGCAGUAAAAAUAAAAAAUCUUGCUGUAA